AUGUCUCCCCAGGUGCACAAUCUGCAGGAGCUUCGGCGAAGUGCCUCCCUGGCUACGAAGGUCUUUAUCCAGAGAGACUACAGUGAAGGCACCAUCUGUCAGUUCCAGACCAAAUUCCCCCCGGAGCUAGACAGCCGGAUCGAGCGGCAGCUCUUUGAGGAGACUGUAAAGACCCUAAACAGCUUCUACGCAGAGGCUGAGAAGAUUGGGGGCAGCUCCUACCUUGAGGGCUGCCUGGCCUGUGCCACGGCCUACUUCAUCUUCCUCUGCAUGGAGACCCACUAUGAGAAGGUUCUCAAGAAGAUCUCCCGUUACAUCCAGGAGCAGAACGAGAAAGUCUUUGCUCCUCGAGGUCUGCUGCUCACAGACCCCGUGGAGCGUGGGAUGAGGGUUAUCGAGAUCUCCAUCUACGAGGACCGGUGCAGCAGCGGCAGCGCCAGCAGCGGAAGCAGCAGCGGCAGCGGCGGCAGCAGCAGCGGCGGGGGGGGCGGGGCGGGGGCCCGGUGA